AUGACCAGCGCUCGAACGAUGCGCUUCCGCGCCUACCCUCUUUUCCUCGUCUUCUUCUUUGCAGUCGCCUUCGCGCCAGAGUUCCUCAAAUCAUACCCCCAGACUGAGGCGCUGGGCAUCGCGCUGGAAUGGGUGCAGGAGCGUAUCACGCAGUGCAUUGCCGCGAUCGCAUUUACGUCGGCGGUGUCCAUCUGCGGCUCGCUCCUCUUCCGCGGAGCCAGAUCCAUCAAACGCGCGCUCACCCGUCGCAGCGGAGAACCUGCCUCAGAGCUCGAGGCCGGUCUUCUGCCCCUCGCCACGGCCAAUGACUCGGACGACGCGUCCGAGAGCGGGGCGCCGCCGCCCACGACAACGACGACGACGACGAACCCGAUCCUGUCCCUCGCACGCGAGCUCCUCUCCGCCUUCUUCUGCGCCUUGGUGUUCCUCCGUUGCGCCACCGAGAUCGGCACGCUCGCGCUCGACAAGCCGCUGUACGCCAACAUCGCCGACGGCGCCCUGUACAUCCUGCGCGGCUGGGAGGUCUUCUUCGUCGUGUUCUUCGGCUUUGCGCUUGUAGUCGCUGGGUUCCGCAAGGUGUUUGGCCUGCGCGAGCCUGCUGCUGCUGCUUCUGCGGCCCCGGCGGAUGAGGUCGCUGCUGAUACUGUGGGGACCACCGAUCCCUUGGCUACUGUGGAUCAGGUGGAGGUUGCUGAGAAGUCGCUGAUGCUUGACUCGAGCCUGGAGAAGGCUACACAGUAG